GUAUAGCCCACUCCCCUCCAUGUCCAAAACCUUGUCCACAAACAAAGGAAAACAUAAAAAGAAAAAGAAAAGAAAAGAAAAGAUACAUAACAAGUACUGAGGAAUAAUGGGAAAUUGUAUAAGGCACGAAUCUUCUAUGCAAUGGGGUGGCGAGGACUGGGGGUCGCCCGAAAAGGGAGGUCUUUUCGCCGGUGAUGAAAUGGGUAAGGGGGCCAAGAGAAUGGAGGAGGAGAAGGGUCUUCUUGGAGAUGAUCAUGACAGUACUACCGGGUUUAGUUCGUCUACAACAGCAGCCAAAACUACGGAGGUGAAGAUCAAGAUCACAAGGAAGCAGCUGGAGGAGUUGCUCGGUAGGGUGGACAUAAAAGACUUGUCGGUGCACCAGGUUCUUGCCCAGUUGAUGAGCGUUAGUGAUCGGUACGAGGCGCAUCAUCGCUCCUGGAGGCCUGCCCUACAGAGCAUUCCUGAAGUGAAUUGAUCCGGUACGUUCUUGUACGUAAAGCGUUGAUCGAUCAGUACAGUGUACAUGUAGUGGUGAUCAUGAUCAUAUCGAUGAUGAUAAAAAAUGAUAUAUAUAUUAGUGUUUCUUUAAGGAUCGAUGUCUUGUUGUUGGUCAAUGUCAUGUAAUUGGAUCUUGUUAAUUAAUUUUGUGAAGGAAUUGAAGAGCUCAAUAGGUUUAGAAUUGGAGGGCUUCUUGGUUUUUGUUCUACACAUUUUGGUUUGCUGUAAAUACCAAACACACCUUUUAAUGAGGCAGAGUUUGAAGUUAAUUAUUUCUUGGUUUUGGUUGUUAA